AAAUUUAAAAUUUAAACAAGUUAAAUACAAAUUUAAAGUAUAUUAUUAUUAAUUAAACAUUAAAAUAUUUGUUAUUGACUUAUACGUUAUCAGUAUUUUGAUGUCUACAUGUUGACGUGUUUAUUGGUCUUUGGGAAUAUUAGUUACUCAAUUUUAUAACAUUUAAUUUAAGUAUAUUCCACUGAGCGAGUUUUAAAAAAUUACAGUUAAUAAAUUAAAAAUUUAAUCAUGUUUGCAAUGUUUUUAAAAGAAAAUGUUAUUAUUAUUGGGAUAGUAAUUAUGUUUAUUUUGUGGUUAGUUCUUUUCAAAAGAAUUGCCGGUUUCUUUGAGAAUUUUAUUUCAAUGUAUUCAUCAUAUAAAUUCAAGUUACCAGAAGUAAAUGUUUUAUUUCACUCAUUGACUAGUGGAAUCUUUUGUUUCAUCAGUGUUCCAAUAUGUUUUUCCACAUUUAAACCGUCUUCAUCAUCAGAUUCAUCCUUAAUGUACUGGUUACUGGAUUCAUUUCGCCAUAUGAUGGAUCGUUGUGCAAGUACAGAAACUGUGGAUCCAUCAAGAAACUUUAAGUUUAUCAUACUAUAUUCAUGUUUAUUACACAGUGUUUACACAUCAUUUGUAAACAAUUUAGAUGAGCGACCAUUGUUAAGCACAUUAAAGAAAGGUGCUGUACUUAGUUUCUUUGCUUCGACAUACUGUUUUGGCUGUACAGAAGCAGGUUUUGUAUUCCUUGGGCUGUCUAAUUUAUCGCUUGGAACAUUAGAAGCUGCUAGACUUUUGAAAGUUUGUCAUAACAAAACAAAUAGUAUGCUGAUCAAAAUAUUAAGCUUUGGACAGUUUGUUGUACAUUGUGUUAUUUGGAUAUCAAUUUACUUGUUCUUAGUGCCAUUUAUUGUGCUGUCCUCGAUUGAAGUGCUAACAAUGAAUAAUGAUAAUCAGCUACCACUAUCAAUUAUGUUGUUCAGUCUUCUGAUAUUUUACUUUAUUGAACUAAGAGACAGUCCAUUAAACAUGUCAACAACUAGUGGAAAUGGUAUAUUCAGGCUAUUUGAAUCUCCUAAAAGCUCACUGAUGGCUGCAAAUAACAGUAGCAAAAGGAAUCAAAAUAAACAGAAAUCAAAAGAAAACUUAUUAGUGUUAUACCAAACUACUAAGUGUGCUAUGGCAGUUAAGAAAAAGGUACAAAAAAUCCGACAAGAUAAACUAGCCACAAGACUACUAUCAGCAUCAGAAAUUAAAUCUGAGCCCAUUGAGGUGAUUGAAAUAUUUGAUGAUUGAAAUAGGGCAACUGACAUACCUUAUUUGAAUUAGCUUUUUGAAAAUAUGUAAAUAAUUAUCAACAUCAAUAAGUUUUCUUAACGAUAUAAUUUUAAAUUGUUUGUAAAUAAAAUGAUUGAUUAGUUUUGUUUG